AUGGCCACACCCACCAACCCUAACCGCUACCUUGAGCACUCCGUGCAAGAUCUGCUCUCCCUGAAAGGGCGCACCAUCGUCAUCACCGGUGGGGCUCGGGGCCUCGGUCUUGCGUUCGCCCUUGCUGUCGCUGAGACCGGGGGAGACGUCGCCGUACUUGAUGCGGCCGAGAAGCCACAUGAACAUUUCGCACUAAUACAGCAGCGUUUUCCAAAGCAAAAAUUUGCCUACUUCAGGACUGAUGUUACAAAAUAUGACCUUCUCAAGAAGUCUUUCGAUGAGAUAGUCAACGAGUUUGGUCGCAUUGAUGGCUUAAUUACUGCUGCUGGAAUUUGCCCCGAUGAGCCUUUUCUAGAGAGGGCGCCUGCUUCGGUUGCCAAAACCAUGGAAAUCAAUGUUCUCGGCACUUAUUACGCCGCCCAACUAGCUGCAGCCCAGAUGGUCAAGCAGGAGCCGACUGAUUUCAAUCCCAAAGGCGGAUCUAUUGUGAUGAUUGCUUCUAUUGCAGCUUAUGUAGCUAGCAAGGGCCAAACCACAAGCGACUACUGUGCUAGCAAGGGUGCGGUCAUGUCACUGGCCAAAGCCCUUGGAGUCGAGCUGGCUGCCACUGGCAUUCGCGUCAACAGUAUCUCGCCAGGAUAUAUGGUCACUGAUAUGACUCUUGAUCUUUGUCAGAAGUAUCCGCACCUCGGAGACAUCAUGAACAACGAACCCCCUAUGCGGCGCAUGGGAGAUCGGACCGAUCUCAAAGUUCCGGUGGUAUACCUCUUGUCUCAAGCCAGCGCAUAUCACACAUCAGAUGAUAUCUUAAUUACUGGAGGAAUCCAUGCAGGGAGAUUGUUGUAG